UCUCAUCCCCAGCGCUGGGAAACAGUAGACAGAUAAGUGCGUCUGUGAGACUGCAGGCAUCUCUGUGAUCUCCGGGCUCAAGGCUGUGCGCGGCGCACUACACAGCGAACUCCAGCAGCAUCAUUACCGGAAAAAGCACAAAAAAAAAAAAGGAUCUCAGUGUCUCUAUGACUAUUUUCCAGCUCUCGUAGCCUGUUUUUUCCCCCCAUUCCUCAUUCUCUCCCGUGCACUUUAAUUGGAGAAGCUCGCCAAGAUGAUGUCCAUGAACAGCAAACAGCCGCACUUCGCCAUGCAUCCCUCCUUACCCGAGCCGAAGUACACCACCCUGCACUCCAGCUCGGAAGCAAUCAGGAGAGCCUGUCUGCAAACUCCACAGUUGCAAAGUAACAUCUUCGCGAGCCUGGAUGAGACCCUACUGGCGCGCGCGGAGGCUCUGGCCGCCGUGGACAUCGCCGUGUCCCAGGGCAAGACGCACCCGUUCAAGCCCGACGCCACCUACCACACGAUGAGCACCGUGCCGUGCUCGUCCACGUCCACCGUCCCGCUGGCCCACCACCACCACCACCAUCACCACCACCACCACCAGAACCUGGAGCCGCCGGACAUCAUGGACCACAUCGGCUCGCCGUCCCUCGCCCUGAUGUCCAGUGCGCACGACGGGACGGGCGGAGGCGGUGGCGGCGGGGGGGGAGGCGGAGGUGGUGGCGGCGGCGGGGGGCUCCUCUCCACCUCCUCGGCCCACCCGCACGCUCACAUGCACGGCCUGAGCCACCUCUCCCACCAGGCCAUGGGCAUGAACUCGCCCCUCACCCACCACGGGCUCUUACCGGGCCACCACGGCGGGGGCCAGGGCGCACCGGGGCUCACCAACCCGGGCCUUUCCUCCAUUAACGACUCGGACACGGACCCAAGGGAGCUGGAGGCUUUCGCGGAGCGCUUCAAGCAGCGCAGGAUCAAGUUGGGGGUGACCCAGGCGGACGUGGGCAGCGCCCUGGCUAACCUCAAAAUCCCCGGCGUGGGGUCCCUGAGUCAAAGUACAAUUUGUCGAUUCGAGUCGUUGACGCUCUCCCACAACAACAUGAUCGCGCUCAAACCCAUCCUCCAGGCCUGGCUGGAGGAGGCCGAAGGGGCCCAGAGGGAGAAAAUGAGCAAACCGGACAUUUUCAACGGAGGGGAAAAGAAACGCAAGAGGACCUCGAUAGCGGCCCCGGAAAAGAGGUCUUUGGAAGCCUACUUCGCCGUGCAGCCUCGGCCGUCGUCCGAGAAAAUAGCAGCCAUAGCCGAAAAGUUGGACCUGAAAAAAAACGUGGUGCGAGUGUGGUUUUGCAACCAAAGACAGAAGCAAAAGAGGUUGAAAUUUUCGGCUGCUCACUGA